AUGGGUGUUCUUCAAUUUCUCAUCCUUGUCUAUGUUAAUUUCUUGAUUUCUUUCUCCUCUGAUACUCUUGCUCAGCAACCUUAUGUUGGGAAAGCCAUCACUGCUUGCGGAAACACAAAUACUUCAACUUCUGUUCUUGGUUACUCCUACAAUGGCAUCAACCAAACUUGCCAAUCUUACCUCAUUUUCAGAUCUCAACACCCAUAUGACACCGUUCUUUCCAUCGCCGGUCUAUUGGGCUCCGACCCAUCUCAGCUCGCCCAGAUUAAUUCAGUCUCCGACACUGCAACCUUCGAGACAAAGGAGGAGGUAAUCGUCCCAAUCAAUUGUUCCUGUUCCGGUCAGUACUAUCAGGCAAACACAACUUACUCUGUUCAACCAAAUGAUACUCCUUUCGUGAUUGCUAACGACACCUUCCAAGGUCUUUCUACCUGUCAAGCUAUCCAGAAUCAAGACAACACCCCUGAUACAAACCUCAAAAUUGGCCAAAGAAUUCCUAUACCCCUUCGGUGUGCUUGUCCCACCAAAAAUCAAACUGAUUAUGGCAUCAAAUAUCUACUCAGUUACAUAAUCAUUCAUGGUGAUACUGUUUUCAGAAUAAGUACCCAGUUUGGAGCUAACACUACGGAGACUCUUGCAGCUAAUGGGCUUUCUGAGAACUCCGUCAUUUACCCAUCCACAACUCUCCUUGUUCCUUUACGGAAUCCACCAUCCCUUCCCCCUCCUCCUCCUUCCCCUCCUUCCUCUGCAUCACAGAGUAAAGCUUCAAAUAAAACAUUGACCUAUCUUGUUAUUGCAGUUGGGAUUGCUAUCAUUUUGGUUAUCUUUCUCAUAUCCUUGUUUUUUUUCCUCCAUACACUUAAGAGGAACAAAACUGAUCUUAUGCUGGUCUCAAAGUCGAGCAAGGUUCAUUCAAUUGUCACCUCAGACCCGCUUGAAUCCAGCGAGUUGCUUGCAGGUAUUGCUCAAUCCAUUAAAGUGUAUAAAUUUGAUGAAUUGCAAUCUGCCACCAAGAAUUUCAGCCCCAAUUGCCGGAUCAGUGGAUCUGUCUACCGUGGAACGAUUAAUGGGGACCUAGCUGCUAUUAAAAAGAUCAAUGGAGAUAUCUCCAAAGAAAUAAAUUUUCUCUCCAAGAUCAACCAUUUCAAUAUCAUCAGGCUCUCGGGUGUUUGUUUCGGUGAGGGGAAUUGGUAUUUUGUUUAUGAGUAUGCCAUGAAUGGACCUCUGAGUAACUGGAUCCAUGGCAACAUGAGUAGACCCAAGAAUUUAAGCUGGACACAGAGGGUACAGAUUGCAUUGGAUGUGGCCAUGGGGCUUAAUUAUCUCCACAGCUACACCAACCCUCCUUAUGUCCACAAGGAUAUUAGAAGCAUCAAUAUUCUUCUGGACAGUGAUUUAAGGGCUAAGAUAGCCAAUUUUGGUCUAGCAAGAUCUACAGUAGGCCAGACAAAAGGUUACAUGGCACCUGAGUAUUUGGAGGAUGGUUUGGUCUCUCCAAAGCUAGAUGUUUAUGCAUUUGGGGUUGUAAUGCUGGAACUAAUUAGUGGAAAAGAGAUUGUUUCAUCUCAAGGGGAAGAAUUGCUCUUAAUUGAUGUGUUAAUAGCUAUACUCCAUGAGGAAAAUGUAGAAGAAAAGCUAAGAGGAUUCAUUGAUCCUUCUCUACAAGAAAAUUAUCCUUUGGACCUGGCUGUGUCUCUGGGCAGACUAAUAGAGAGCUGCUUAAGUAAGAAUCCAGUAAAGCGACCAGGUAUGGAUAAGAUUGUUCAGUCCCUUUCAACAAUUGUAGCUAUUUCUCCAACUUGGGAAUCAUCUCUCUAGGGAACAAAGUUUCAACAGCAACUCCUAGGGACUGUGUGACUGAAAGAUAGGUUCAAUUUAAAGUCAUCAG